AUGGGCGGACUCAAGCACAAGCAGAAACUGCGCGGACGGAAGCCACAGGGCCGCUCCAGAGAUGCUCGCCAGCCGGACGCCAAGCGCGGAGCGCGGCGGGGGGGCGCCGGCGCCAAGACCCCGCAGGAGCUGUUUGCGGAGGCUCAGGACCGCCUCGAGCUCGGCGACGUGGAGGGUGCCUUGAAGCUCAUGGCGGCUGCGUACAAGGCGGGCCCGGGGGACCUGGAGAUCGCAGAUGCCUACGGGGCGCUGCUGGCGGAGAGCGGGGGCGGCGAGGCGGCGCGGGCGGUGCUGAUGAAGAGCGUGGAGCAGUCCCCGGACGACGGCCACGAGAAGUACAUGUACCUCGGGCAGCUGUCAGAUGCCGGGGACGAAGCGGUUCGGUUUUUCGAGAAGGGCGUGGCCAUUCUGGAAGCAGCGGUCGCCUCAGCGCCGCAGGGCGGCAGCGGGGACGACGGCGCAGAGGACGUCCGCGCCGCGCUCGCGUCGGCGCUGUGCUCGCUCGCGGAGCAGCUCGUGGCCAACGCGCAGGACGCCGACGAGCCGGGCCUCGAGGCCGCAGCGCCGCGCUGCCUCGAAUUGCUUGACCGGGCGACGCAGCUCCACCCGGCCACGCCGGAGCCGCUCCAGGCGCGGGCGUCGAUCGAGUACGAGCUCGGGCGCACGGAGGACGCGCUCAAGCACCUGCGGGAGUCGAUGGCGCGGUGGUACAAGCCAAGACCUGGGCAGGGCGCGGAGGGCGGUGCAGAUGACCUGGCGGACGAUCUGGCCGAGUGGGACCUGGACCCCGACGCGAUGCCGUCGUACGAGUUCCGGUUCGAGUGCGCGAAGCUGCUGCUGGAGCUCGACAGCGAGACGGCGACGGCGAUCUCGGUCCUCGAGGGUCUGCUGGCCGAGCAGGACAUGGACGUGAACGUGUGGUACCUCCUCACGCUGGCGUACUACUCCGGGGGGGACUUUCCCGAGGCGCGCGAGUGCAUGGAGCACGGGGCGAAGCUGUGCGCGAAGCUCGGGGCGGACGAGGCGGCGCUGGAGGCGAUGUGGGGCGAGCUGCGGUCCGCGCUGGAGGAGGGCGAGAAGAUAGUGGCGGCCAAGAUGCAGGAAGACUGA